UCGGUCAUCUCUUGAUUAUACACGUUGACUGUAAACAGCAGCAGCUUUUUAGCAUGGAUUUCGAUGUUGUAGCUUAAUGUUUUAGUUUUUAGCUAUUUGUUUUUAAUGUGUUGUGGUCAGAAUGUCGUUGAAACUCAUGGCACUAACGUCAGCCAGUGCUAAGCUAAACGUUAGCUGCCAACGGACAGUGUUUAGCUGCUUGACUACUUUGUUGCUGUGUAGUUGAUAGGGUAAGAUAACUUAAUGAACACAAUGAUAAAGUGUUUGCCUAAAGAGGUUCAGGGGAAACUUCGCUCCGGUGUCGCUCUGCCCUCACUUCAGCAGUGCGUGGAGGAGCUCAUCCUGAACAGCAUCGAUGCCGAAGCUACCUGUGUGGGAGUCAGGAUGGACAUGGAGGCGUUUAAAGUUCAGGUGAUUGACAAUGGCGCUGGGAUAAACUCCGAGGAUAUGGAUUCCCUGGGAAAUCGAUAUUACACAAGCAAAUGCAGCUCUGUUGAAGACCUGGAGAGCCUCAAGUGGUAUGGUUUCAGAGGAGAAGCCCUGGCAAGUAUAGUUUCUCUCUCCACACUUGUUGAAAUCUCUUCCCGGACCAGAGCAACAGUGAAAACUCACGUCAAAAUCUUCAAAGAUGGCAAAAGCAUGGACGUGUUUGAAGGAGAGACUGCUCGACCCGCUGCAGGGACAACUGUUGUCGUUUGUAACUUCCUCCACAACAUGCCUGUGCGGAGGAAGAGGAUGGAUGCUGUUCUGGAGGGUGAGAGGAUCAGACACAGGGUGGAGGCUAUUUCUCUGAUGCACCCCUCAGUGUCUUUCACCCUGAAGAAUGACUGCACAGUGGCCAUGAUGGUGCAGCUUCCUAAAGCUAGAAACACCUACCACAGGUUUGUUCAGAUACACAGCCUUGGGAGAGCACAGAAACUUGGAGAAAUCAGCUACACAAACGGACAGUUUGAAGUGAUUGGUUAUAUUGGCAGAGAGGGCCACUACAACAACAGUUUACAGUUCCUGUAUGUAAACGAGAGGCUGCUCCUCAAAACACGGAUACACAAGCUCCUUAAUUUUCUCCUACGCAGGCUGAGCAAUUCAAACCCAAAAAAUGACAGUCCAGAUAUGCAGUCAGCCGUGAGAAGUCCAAAGACCAAACGGAGCCAAGACCCCCAUGGAGUGUACGUCAUCAAUAUGAAAUGCUCUUACUCAGAGUAUGAUAUAUGCCUUGAGCCUGCUAAAACUCUAAUAGAGUUCAAAGAUUGGGAUGGCGUUUUGCUGUGCAUAGAAGAAGCAGUGAAAGCUUUCCUGAGAAAGGAGAACUUGGUGGCCGUGCUUUCUCAAGAUGACUUUGACAAAGCACCGGCUGAAUUGUUUGGCACUACAGUUGAAGAGGGGCAUAACACUGGCAAUGUUGGCCAAGCAACAAGCAGUGCUUCCACACUAGAUUGCAAUAUUGGAAUGAAACUGGCAUCUGAUUCUGUCCAUCGAAAGCGCCAAGAUGACUGUGUAUGUGAGGAAGAUGUUAGCAGGGACUCUGGUCAGGUGGAGGGCAAAGAAGAGACUGAACAACAAAGGAAGGAAAAGAGAACCGCAAAGCAGUUGGAAAGUGAAGAGGGCAUAAAUAAAGGUGUUAGAUGUGAGCCAUCCUGUGAUCUAGCUAGACUCAACCCUACAUCUGAUAUUAAGAAUAAUGUAGAAGAGGAGUCCAGUGAAGCUGGCGAAGGCUCUGACGUUUUUUGUAAGUCAAGUUCAGUCGUAGAGCUAGAGGGUGAAAAGCUGGAACUCUCAAAAGAAAAUGACAUGUUGAUAAACAAUACAGACUCAAACGGCAAUGAGACUUUACUAGACUGCUUCGCUCCACAAAUUCAGCCUGACAUGAACUAUAUUGAGCAAAUAUUACCUGACUGCCCGGGUACAGGAGGACAUCAUCACACUUUAGUAAGUAACAGAAAGAUCAGUCUGUCCGAUCCAUAUAUCCAUGAGAAUCUGCUGACUCAGGACAUGUCACAAAAGUCAGUAUUUCAGCAAACACCUGGGCAGAUAUGUGAAGAGAGAUGUACUGCAUUAAAACGCAGAAUCUCACUGGAAGCAAGGCAGGACAGAACUGGUCAGAAACAAGACUUCACUCAUAUCAUUCGCUCAAAGAUUCCCAGGGUUUCAACGUCUCAAAAGUUGUCUUUAUGCAAGGAUUCUGGAUCGCUUGAACGAUUCAGAAGAGUGUAUGGUGAAUCUGAUGAACUGAAAUUACCCUCUCAGGAGAAUGCAAAUAGAUGUUCUCAGUCCGACGGAUUUGUUAUGUAUUCGCAGAACAAUUUGCUUUGCCAGAAAGAUCAGCGACAUGUUGGAAAAGUGGAAAAAGAGAAAACCAACAGCCCCCUAACACUCUCAGCAUUCACCAAGUUAAAACCAGCCUCAGUGCAGAAUAGAGGCAAAACAUCUUUGGCAACUAAACUCUUCCAAUUGAAACACCAGAGGGCAGACCAUUCAAAAGUAUUACCAAAGGACAAGUGUCUCAGUACUGGUAACGAUGACCCCCAAGACGGCAAUAACAACGAGCAUCACUGUGAAACCGCUCUGAAUCCUGAGGCGCUCCCGGUUUGCAGUACACAUCCUCUGGCGGCUGAGGGGGAAGAGGCCUCAGGUGACUGGCUCCAUCACUACGAAGCAUCUGUGGGAAAGACGGUGUACGUCAACAAAGUGACCGGGCUCAGCCGAUAUGACGACCUGCCUCCUGAAGAAACAACAGUGCGCUGUACGUCUGAUGUCACCAACAUGGCCGUUAGUGUCAUCAAUAAAAUGGGUGCCAAUACCGAGAGCUCCAACUCACUGACGACGUUGUACUCAAAAUGGAAAAAUCCUGUGUUCGUUCGCCCUCCUACGGUUGGUGUGGACGUUACGAGCGGACAAGCCGUGGGGCUGGCUGUGAAGAUCCACAACAUCCUGUUUCCUUACCGCUUCUCUAAGGCCAUGAUUCACUCAAUGAAGGUUAUUCAUCAAGUGGAUAAGAAGUUUCUUGCAUGUCUUAUCAAUACGAGAGACGAGGAGCCUGCAGCCUUGACUGGAACUGAAGGAAACCUUUUGGUGCUGGUGGAUCAACACGCUGCACACGAGAGAGUUCGACUUGAAAAUCUAGUUGCAGAUUCUUAUGAGGAGGACCCAGAUGCACCGGGGCAGAAACGUCUGUGUUCAUCAACUAUUCUGCCUCCUCUCGAGAUCACUGUAACAGAAGAAGAGCUCAGGCUGCUCAGAUCAUGUCAGGGACAUUUGCGGAGUCUGGGCCUGGAAGUGAAGUUCUCACAGGUAGCGGAGCCACAAGUGUUUGUUGGGAAGGUACCACUUUGCUUCAUGGAAAAGGAGAGUAAUGAGCUCAGGCGGGGGAGACCAUCUGUUAUCAAGACUAUUGUUGAGGAGUAUCUACGAGAGCAAAUUGAGUUACUCCGCUCCACGGGUAGAGUGAGAGGAACUCUGCCUCUCACUGUGCUGAAGGUGCUAGCCUCCCUAGCAUGCCAUGGUGCCAUCAAAUUCAAUGACAGCCUGAGUAGAGAUGAAUGCCACAGUCUGGUGGCCUCCUUGUCCUCCUGCCAGCUGCCCUUCCAGUGUGCCCACGGCCGUCCAUCCAUUGCUCCCUUAGUGGACACCCUCCAUUUGGACAAAGAUGAACAGGAAUUACAGAAACCCAACCUCCAAAAGCUGAGAAGAAUGUAUAAAGCAUGGCAACUUUAUGGAAAUAGAUAAGUGGGUGUGUAUUUUAUUUGAAAUGUGUUGUUUAUUGUCAACAACAUGAAUCAUAACUCAGAAAAAUUACCUUUUUAUUAAAUGGCUUAAUUUCCCCCCAAAGCACUGCAGCUGUUAACCAUUUGUUUUUAUACUUAAGCAUCUUUGAACUCAUAGGAAGACUUUGCUAUUUAUACAUAACAUUCUGUCGAAAAUGAGCUACAGUUAGCUUCGUAAGUACAUAGUUUGAACACCAGUUUGAUUUAUAUACCAUGGGGAGCACGAAAAACAAUAUUCAGAAAAUGUAUAAAAGCAGAGAUAUUUUUUUUUUUCAAAUGACUUCAAGAAUAAACAUUGAUAAAUAGUGUUGCAUUAUCAGAUACACAGAAAAAGGCACAUUGUAGCGACUGUGUAAAUGUUCCCAAAACAGAAUUCCUCCAGCAUUCCUCAGGUUGCGCUCCAGAAAUAAUAUUCACUCAAUCAACUUCCUGGUCUUGAAAAAUCGUCUCAAAUAGAAAAUCUGCCACAGGGCCAUAGCAAGAAAACCGAAGAUGGAGAUAAUGUUGAAGUGCAGCAAUCGCGUAUGGGUGGACUCUGUUUGAAAAAGAAAAACGCAGUUAAAUAAAGUCAAAUUUGUUAAAUCUUCAGUCAAAUGGAUAGCUUGAGACAAAACCAACAAUUAAUCACACAGAGAAUAAAACUGCUGCAACCCGGUUUCAAACCCUCAAGCUUGUUCUUCUCCUGGCUUCACCCCAAACAGAGGGUAAUUUCCAUCUGCUGUUCAAGGCAAAGCACACAUUGAAGUAGCCAAAGCAGGAAACUUAAACCCACAGAAAGCUUUGGGAACUUACCUAUACACUAAACAUAUUGCUCUCUUAACUUACUGUUUGUUUGUCUCAUUUCUUUCUCUCGUUUCUUCAAGUACUCAAAGUCAAGAGAGAGGUGCUCAAGAUAUUUUAGCGGGGGUCAGUUUCUCCACUGGUUUAAUCUAACAGAGAGGUUACAAUGGUUAUAUGUUUGAGGUUACAACAUUUUACAUGUAUUUAUCAGUAGUGGCAUGAUAUCUGACAUUAAAGUAUUAACAUGGUCUCUCACCUCUUCCUCAGUCUUCAUUCCCACGCCAUGCUUUAUGUUCAGUUUGAGCAGUUGGUCUGAAACCGUUCAACUACCUAAAGUCAAGCAUUAAUGGCAUAUUGUGUUAUUUGUCAGAAAAUAAUUUGGAUUUUGCAUCACUUGAGUCACCCCAAUCAAGCAUGAUUGGCUUCCAUUGUGGAUCACAAAUAACUUAUAAAGCAUUUGUCCAUUGGAGUUGGAAUACUCCCUCUCCCGCUCUAUUUAAUGGACAACUUUCUGUAUUUCUUUCAUACUAUUUUAAAUCAUAUAUUUUUACAACACCUCACUCACCCAUUGAAGAUGUGCUAUCGAAGCAAACCUCAAAGUGGUCAUGAUUUUCUGUUAUGAAUGAAAAUGUCCCCUUUGUGGCAUUCUCCUUGCUGUACAAUGUAUCACCAUAAUUAUCGGUGAUCUGAGGAAAAUGUAGUUGUAUUUUUAAACUUGUAUUUUUGAUAUACUUUUAUUAAAGUUGUUUAAUAAAAUAAAAAACAAGA